AACAUGAUUGAAUUAUCAGCGCUAUCUAUUCGUCAGCUGCGUCAUUUCUCGAAAUAGGUCAACUAUCUUCGAAUAAGUAGUCAUCGUGGCCCAAAACGAUAUUGCCUCCUACACGUUCCGGGACAACGCAUUUCCGAUGGAUCAACUAUAAAAGUCGUCGAAGAAGCAGAAGACUUUCUCUUUUUAUCCUGUAUUAUCAUAGAGUUAAGAAUGUCAUGUUGAAGAAGAGUGAAUUAAAGUUAUCUAUAGCAUGUAGCAUGAAGAAAACCAGUGUUUACCAUUAAAUUAUGCAUUUCCUGAAAUAAAGUGAAUUAAACUCAAAAUAUGUGAAAAGGUGCUGUAACAAAAUUAUACUUACCUGUAUGUGAUACCGCAUAUGAAGAACCUCGAAGACUAUUCCUGAAAAAGAAGAACUUACCUGUGCCUGAAGAAUUCCGCUGGAAGAAAAUACUUACCUGUGAAAACUUACCUGUGCUGCUGCCGCUCUCGCUGAUUCUAUCAUCUGGUCCUUCGAGCCGGAUGGUCGUUGACACUCCGAUCAUCCAAACCGUGAUUUCUCCAGUGGAUGACUUCGCCAUCUUGCCUGCAACCGAGAAGGAAGUGCAUUUCAUCAGGCUGCGAACGAUUUCGCCGCCAUCUUCGCCAUACUGAGGUCCUGUCCGCGUGCUGCUGUUUCUAUCUAUACAAGGCACUAAAUUGCCUUAUCUAAGAUCAACAUGCCAACGGAGCGCCGGAUCAAGACGCUGAAGCUGCGCGUCCGCAGCAUCCAAACGUCGUUCUCCCUCAUCAAGACGUUUACGGAGAACUACGACGCGGACACGGACGUCCAUCAAAUUCCAGUCCGGCUGGAAAAUCUUGGGACGUUAUGGACCGACUACAAUAGAACUCAGGCCGAGCUGGAAGCGGAAGCGGAAGACGAGACGGUUAUCGAUGAGCUGUUUAAGCAGCGUUCCGAGUUUGAAUCCGCUUAUUAUAAGGUGAAAGGAUUCCUGCUCGCCGAAGAUAAAUCUCCUGCCACACCGUGCGCCUCACCGAGUUCUCAUUCAGCUGCUCAAUUCCCUCAGUCCGCCUCUCACGUUCGACUCCCCGAUGUUAAACUGCCAGUGUUCAACGGAAACAUGGAAAACUGGUUAAAUUUCCAUGAUCUUUACUGCCUAUGA